CGAGUAGUUGGCCAUUUGGAUAGAAAGUUGCAAGUUCAUAACAAAAAUUUAAAGUACAAUUUUUGUAUAUAUACGAAUAUUACGAUAAAUUUAUGGGAACUCUGAAUUGUACAUAUAUAAAAAACUACUUAAGAUCAAGGAAAUGAAAAAAACCUCGGGACUUUAAUUAUUUUAAYUCGUACCAAUUAACGCGAUUGAAAGUGCAACGAAAUAUAGAUAUAUGUAUAUGUAUAUGUCCAAAUUGGUUCCUUGUGUUAUUUGUUAAAUAGUGUUUAUUAUUCUAUAUUCAAAAUGGCUGAAAAUGUUGGGUCUACAACASCAACAAGUGAUAACCGAAAAGCCGACUUCGAGCAAGCCAUGAAUUUAACAGGUUUCGGGACAUUCAAUUUAGUGUUGCUUAUAGUUGGUAUAUUUGCGUCUUGCGCCGCCAGCUUUGAAACCACCACAAUGUCGUAUAUACUUCCAAUUGCUGAGUGUGAUCUUAAAAUGACACUUUUCGAUAAAGGAAUUUUAAAUGGAGCUACAUAUGCUGGAAUGAUAUCGUCGGCUGUUAUUUGGGGAUAUCUCGCAGACACAAUUGGGAGGAGAAAAGUUUUGAUAUACGGUUUUUUAAUAGACGCCGUUUGCGUACUUUGCAGCUCUUUGUCGCAGAAUUUUGAAAUGCUUGUUGCCUUUAAAUUUUUGGGCGGCUUCAUCGUGAAUGGUCCUGGUGCAGUACUAUUAACAUAUUUAACUGAAAUGCACGGCUCCGCUCAUCGACCACGAGUUCUUAUGGUUUAUGGGAUGGUUAUGUCUUUGGCAACACUUAUAAUGCCACUAUUGGCCUGGGCGAUAUUUCCACAAGAUUGGGAAUUCGUAUUGUUUAACUAUUUAAUAAUACAUCCGUGGCAAAUAUUUUUGGCAGUAUGCAGUUUACCAAGUAUAAUCGGUGGAUUAGGACUAAUUGCGUUGCCGGAAAGUCCUAAAUUUUUAAUGUCUCAAGGAAGAAAUGCUGAGGCCCUUCUAGCUUUUCAAAAGAUUUAUUCUAUUAAUAAAAGAACAAGCAGGAAUACUUAUCCAGUCAAAGAACUGGUUGAGGAAGUUCCGAAUCGUAUCCCGAAUGUUGAUGAGCUUAUAUUUAAUGUAGAAAACAAACCAGUUAAGCGGAAAUACAAACCUGAGCCCAGAACAUUCUCCCAAUCUUUCAAGGAAGGAAUGAAGCAGAUUAAGCCUAUGUUCACAAAGCCUUUAUUAGGUCACUCCCUUCACGCGUAUGCGAUGCAAUUCUGUAUUUUACUUGGUUUAAAUACUGUUCGACUGUGGUUGCCUCAACUUUUUGCAUCGAUCGCAGAAUACGAAGCUUUAGAUAACGAUGAAUCAAGCUCAGCGAAUCUAUGUUCAAUUCUAGAGUAUAGUGUUAAUAAAACAUCAGUGAUUACAGACUUUCACGACUCCUGUACUAACCUACCGAACGUGUCAAUAGAUCUAUACGUUAAUAACAUAGUCGUAUCGGCGUCUGGUUUAGUAGCAUAUUGUUUUGCUGGUAUAACUGUGCGAGCUAUAGGAGCUAAAAAUUUAUUAAUUUAUGGACUCUUAAUAUCUGGCUCUCUCGGCAUAUCGCUCUAUUGGUCGGUAAAUGGUCUUUCCACACUUAUUAUAUCAUCUGUGUUUUUAUCAGUGGCGGCCGUAUCAACAUCAUCUCUAUUAGGAGUGGUUCUUGCUCUUUUUCCAACUUCUUUGAGAUCACUGGUGGUGGCAAUCGCAAUGAUGUUUGGUCGUCUGGGCGCUUUGGCUGGAAAUAUGUUGUUUCCUGUUUUUAUGGAAAUGGGAUGUAUACAACCUUUUCUAAUGAUCGGCGGUGUAUUGCUUGCUGCUGGUGCUUUAUCUUUCAUUUUGCCAGACACGGAAGAAAUGUCCUUAAAGUGAAAUGUAAAUAGGAUACGGAAAUCGGGGUUUCAUGUACUACAAUAUUAUCGACAUAUGCAUAGCUUAGAAUAUUAAUUAUACAUAAGGUAUAUGUUCUUGUGAGUAAAUCAUCAUGGAAAACUGUAGUUGAAUAUAAUGCUAGUUAUACUUAAAUCUAUA